AUGAUCUUCGUCCACGGCGCCGUUGUAGAUUCCUUCACUCGAUGCACCCACUACCAUAGUGACGUUGACAUUAUUGCCAUCAAGUUCAAGUGCUGUGGGCUCUAUUAUCCGUGUUUCCAGUGCCAUGACGAGGUGAGACAGCAUGAGACCAAGAGAUGGAGGAAAGAGGAGUUGAAGGAGGAGCUGGUGGUUUUGUGUGGGAACUGCAAGAAGGAGUUGACUUUUGGAGAGUAUAACGAUGGGGCAAGCCGGUGUGCGUUCUGUCAGGCCAGGUUCAAUCCCAAGUGUGCGUUGCAUUACGAUUUGUACUUUGAUUUGGGGUGA